UCAUCUGGGCUGAGAGUGAGUGUUUGGAAAAGUCACGAAUCAUGGAUAUUUACGACGAUAUGAAUUUCUACUUGUCCCCGGACAAAUUCGUCGUGGAGCCUAAUGGACAGGAGAAGAAGGAUGUCCUGGUGAUAGAUCGCAUCACGCAGGCAAUCAGUGUUCAAGUAUCGAAGCCUGAUGAUUUGACCCAUGUGAGCCCCCAUCGGAGAAUCUGCGGCAUCCUGGGUGCUAUUAAGCUCCUCGGGGGCCACUAUCUCGUGGUGGCGACACACCGGGUCUUCGUGGGCGUGAUCAAUGGACAGGCGAUCUGGCGCCUCGCCGGCUAUGACAUUUUCCCCUACAUUCCGUCCUCGAGCCACCUGAGCGAGAGCCAGAAGGUGCAGAACGACUCCUACCUCCAGAUGAUCAGGCAAACCCUAGGCACACCUCACUUCUACUUCUCCUACUCCUACGAUCUCACGCACACCCUGCAGCGCCUCAACGGGAUGCCCCCGGAAUUCCUGCAAAUGGGGCUCCUGGAGCGAGCGGACGUUCGCUUCGUGUGGAACGGGUUCCUGCUGAGGGAAUUCCAGCGGGUGGAUUGCCGGAAGUUCAGCCUACCAGUUAUUCUCGGAUUCAUAUCUAUUAAUCAAGUGAAUGUCAAUGGGAACUCCUUCACGUGGAGCAUCAUAAGUCGCCGAUCAAUCCAUCGGGCCGGCACUAGACUCUUCUGUCGUGGAAUCGAUCAGAACGGUAAUUGCGCCAAUUACGUGGAAACUGAGCAAAUCGUUGAGUACUUGGGCGACAAAGUGUCCUUCGUCCAGACACGGGGCAGCAUCCCAAUCUUCUGGCGUCAAACUCCCAAUUUGAGGUACAAACCACCACCAGAAAUCAUCCCAGGAAAGGAUCACAUGACGGCUUUCACCAAACACGUGGACUCGCAACUACUUCACUACGGUCGACAGGUUCUCAUCAACCUAAUCGAUCACCGAGGAGCUGAAGAUGUCCUGGAGAAGGCCUACUCUAAUGCCGUGGGAUUGCUGGCGAAUUCAGCCAUACGCUAUGAGGCCUUUGACUUUCACGCUGAGUGCAGGAAGAUGCGCUGGGAUCGCCUCAACAUCCUGAUAGAUCGUCUGGCGCACGAGCAAGAUGAGUUCUCAGUGUUCCACUUGAGACGCGACGGAACUCUCCUAUCUUCCCAGGAUGGUGUCUUUCGAACCAAUUGCGUUGACUGUCUGGACAGGACGAAUGUGGUGCAGAGUAUGCUAGCUAAGAGAUCUCUCACGCACACUCUAAUGCGUCUGGGAAUCCUCCUCAAGGGACAGACGAUUGAGAAUUGUUAUGCCUUCGAGAUGCUAUUCAAGAAUGUUUGGGCGGACAACGCUGACCUAGUCUCUACGCAGUACUCGGGCACAGGAGCCCUCAAAACUGACUUCACGCGCACGGGAAAGAGGACGAAGAUGGGCCUGGUCAAGGAUGGUAUCAACUCUCUCACGCGAUACUACAAGAACAACUUCAACGACGGCUUCCGGCAGGACGGAAUCGACCUCCUGCUGGGCAACUACGUGAUCCAGGACGGCGAGGGGGUGUCCGUGCCCAGUCCUCUCAACACUCAGCGUGGCUGGAAGUAUCUCACAUUCCCGUCGGUGCUCAUGUUCGCUGUGGCAAUGUUCUUCGCCUCGUCUGUCUUCCCGCAGGAGUACAGCACGGAAAAUCUCUUGUUCCUCCUCUUCUGGGGCGCCAUGGUGGGCGUCAGCACAGCUGGAAUCUUCAAAUAUGGCAAGGAAUUCGUGGACUGGCCCAAACUCUUGCCACCCAUUAAGAUGGAAGCUUAAUCACGACAGAUCACGAAGAAAUUCAUCGUGUAAUUCAAGAAAAUUUCCUCUCUUUCUCUAUACCUUCUUUUUCCCAACAAAUUUUUGCAAUCAAGAGUAGACCAAUAUUAUAGGAAUUUACUGUUCUAUAUUGAAAAUGUGAAAUAUAGA